CUACCCCAUCCUGCAACAGUUGAGAGUUGGAGUUGAGUUGGGCUGCCGCUGCGAAUGCGAGGCAGGAGUGCCGCGCCGUGUGCUGUGUAGUGUGUCGGUGUCCGCCAUCGUACCGCAGUUUCUCAGCAGAACAGUCUUUGGCCCAGCCGCAAACUCUAUUUGGAACGGCUCCACAAUGGAGGAUCAUUUUACGUAUGGUCCUCGCAGAGGCCCGUGCGAUGUCUGUGGUCAGGCUGGUACUGCAUGCGCGCGCUGCCGCGUCACCUUCUACUGUGGCAAGGAGCACCAGAAACAGCAUUGGAAACUGCACAAGCCGACCUGCGGGUGCCUCGAGGUACGUGCCGACGAGCGUGUAGGCCGACACAUCGUGGCCGUUAAGGACAUCCCGAUGCGCACUGUCCUCAUGAGGGAGCUGCCGCUGGUCGUCUACCCUAGAGCCGCAACGAAUCCAAGGAAUAUGCUGGCGCUUGAACCCACGAAGGUGUGCGUCGCCUGCUGUUUGAAGAUCAAUGAAACUGUCCCAUGCGGCCAUUGCGGAUGGCCUCUUUGCAAACGUAGCUGCCCCUAUCUGAAUCGACACAACAUCGAAUGCGCUGCUUUAAAACCUUUAAAUCUUGAUCGCCACAACAACGAAGGCGCUGCUUUAAAACCUUUGAAACAGUCACCAAUGGAAAUUCUUCGUGCAAUUCCCAUGCUUGGUGAUUUUUUCACUGGUCUCCUUCAAGUCGCGGACCUGCAUGGACUCGGCGCGGUUAGGAUUUGGAAGGCGUUUGAGCAGGAACACGGGCCCCGUCUCCUAAAUCUGCAGCAUGAGAUAGAGACGCCAUCAUUUGUAACAAAUGGAACAGUCGAAGCCGCGAAGCUGAAAAGUGCGUGUGAAAACUUUUGCACGACGGUCUCAGCAGGUGCAGCCAAGGCAUCCAGUUCGGUGGCAUGCAGUAGUCCUGAGACCCGGAAAGGUUUAGAAAGAGCCUGCGGGGCUUCCCUUAUAAACUCCUUUCUCCUGAAGCAAGAAAAGUACAGCGGAUCUGCCUUGUACUCGGGUCUUUCUCUGCUGGAACAUUCGUGUCUGCCCAACGCACGCGUUGUCCCGAUUGACGAGGACUCGGAGGAAGUAUUCCUGAUUGCCUUGAGGAACAUCGCUGCCGGCGAGCACGUGACUAUCGACUACCACCGUGAACAAUUGCCCACCCUGUCCAAGCGCUGGCACAACAACACUUUAAGGGGCUUCGUGUGCCGCUGCGAGUUGUGCGAGGAUCCUACGGAAAAGGGGACUUAUUUCAGCGCCUGGUGCUGCACAACCUGCAAAAGCAAGAAUCUCAAGAGCAUAGUGACCCUAGUCGGUGCAUUUGGCUGGCAAUGCAGGGUAUGCAAGUCGAGCGGUCCGUCUGUUGAUCCAGCUGUACGUGAACUGGAAAAGUCAUUCAGGUCGCUUCAGGCGUCGAUGGCGCUGCACCCUGAUCCUCUCGGGGAAGAUGCCCAGCGCCUCUGGCAGCAGUUCAUCGACGGUGCCCUAUGGCCAAAAGGACCUCUGCACCUGACGCACCACCUGGUGGUCAAUGCCAGGGCCGAAUUGCUAGGACUGGGCGACAACAGGUAUCCAGUAAGGAUACCAGCAACCCUCAAGGAGGCAGGGUACCUGAUUGAGCACUCCAAAAGACUUCUGGACGUUGUAGUUUCUCUCCAGGCACCUGUCGGUGGCUACAGGUUUGAGGUCAAAAUGUACCUCUUUGGAUUCACCAUGGAUAAACUAAUGCUGCAGCGUAGACAUGGAAUCCAGGGCAAUCGCAAGACUGCUAAUUGUGCAAUUGAUAAGCUGAAGAAAGAAUUAUGUGACCUUCUCGCUGAAGUUCGCCACAUUGCAGUUUCCCAAGGUGAAUUGAAGGCCGUGGGAUUCAUGGAAUGGCAGUUAAAGAUUAUUGUGUAGUUUUUAUAAGUGGACUUUACUCUUUGUUCUUGUGGAUUAAUAGAUCUACUGUUGAAUUUGUUUUAAUGAAGAAAGGCAGAUGAGUCAUCUGCAAGAAUUUUGUGUUGUUGCAUGCCCUAUAAAAGUUGUUGCUUUUGAAAUCGGGGUGGGGUAUUUCUUCUACACCCCACCCCCAUCUGUGGAUUUAAAAUUCUUAUUGAGAUGCAGUUUAUUGGUACAUUAAAAAAAAAUCUCAAAUAAAGGUAAUGCCAGAAUUUUAAA